AUGUGCAUGGCUCUCCAGUAUAAAGAGAGGUCAUAUUAUUGUACUAUUAUUCACUUGCCUGUACUUGAAGCUCAUGUCCAGCAACAAUUUUUUGUACAUUUCUUCAAGCCUCACUUUGCAACAGAACAAAGUAAGACAUUCAUGUCACUUUCAUGGAUGUUAGCUGAUUUAUUUUUAUCUUUUUGCCUCUGCAGACUGUAAUGCCUUAUAGCAUGGAAAUUACAAGCAGAAAUCGUGGGAUUUUUUACUUUUCAUGAAUGGAGCAAAGGGAUGGUUAUGGUUGUGGUGGAAUUGGCAGCUGUAACCACUUGUCUUUACAGACAACCUCACGCAGCCCUAUUGGAAGCUGUAGUCUGCUAGUCGCCGGCGUAAGUAAAACUGCCUGACAUUAGCAAUUCCUGCUUCCUGACAUGCAGCCAGUCAGUUGUAUUGAAACAUCAUGGUCCUUUUUUAAUGUAUACAGUGUUCCAAGCUCACAUUUAACUGAUUCUUCAUAGCCAAUAACGUCAUAGUGUAACUGACAGAAGCCCAAUAUAAUUGUCUUUUAAUUGACCGAUCAGGUUAAUGACCAGAAUUUUUAUUAAAAUACCAUGAAGUGACAGGCUAAUGUGAAGAUGACUACCACAUAGAUUGUCAAAACUUUAGUCACUGUCAACAACAGUCCUAUUUCAGGACUAACCUCGCCUAGAUGAAUUCUGUGUUGUUACCAUUCAAAUGAAAUCUCUCUUACAGAACUAUUGUGCACUAGUAUUUACUUCUUGGGAUUUUACAAAGGAAAUUUGAAUGUUUUCUUUUUUGAUUAUUGUUUUACCGGUACAUGUACAUUCAAGAGUGAAAUGGUGAAUCAGCUUUCUUUCUUUUUCUUUUCUUUCAGGGCCAGUCCUCAUGGAUGAAUUAGUGGAGUGGUAUCAACUAAAACACCCUCCUCAAUCGUCCUCUGCUUGGAAAAAAUUGCUUUGUCAAAGGAAUGUAACAGAAUGGUUAAAUAUCAAAAUGGCAAAGUUUAGAAGCUAUUAA